AAUACACAUUCAAAAGCUAGGCUGGAGCCGUCCCUUCCCUGAGCGUCUCCAUCAUUUAGCAGCUCCACAAGCGAUUCUGUCAGUUGCAGCCUGGGGUGCCCUGGUUGAGGGGGGAAGCGGAGAGCGAGCGCACGCUUGCAGGGGAGGGGCUCUGCAGCAAUCGGAGCAGUCACAGCCCUGCAGCCCGCAGGAAAGGCUUCUGAGCACUGGGGGUCAAACGCUGAGCCGUCCCUCUGGCUCCCUGCACCGUCUGUGGGAAGGCGCUAGGAGAGUGGGGGAGGGAAGAAGGAGCGAAGCCUCGCCCGGGCUCAGGAGGAAGCAGCAGCAGCAGCCGGCGAUGCCUCAGGCUGCGGAGUGAGCAGCGCCCCGCGUGCGGCUGCUGGGCUCUGGCUGCAGGGCGGAGAGGGGCGAGAGGCGGCUCCAGCCAUGGCCGAGACGGAGGGCGGCCCCGCAGAUGCAGUUUCCACACCUGCUUACUCAUCCCCAGCUAAAAGUUUAGGAGACCCAGGAAUAACACCAUUGUCUCCAUCGCAUAUUGCGAAGGACUCUGAUACAAAUGACUCUGUAGAGCAGUCAUUCCUUGUUGUUGUGGCUAUUGAUUUUGGCACGACAUCCAGUGGCUACGCCUACAGCUUCACCAAGGAGCCAGAAUGUAUUCAUGUAAUGAGGCGAUGGGAAGGUGGAGAUCCUGGUAUAUCCAAUCAGAAGACUCCAACUAGUAUCCUCUUAACACCAGAAAGAAAGUUUCAUAGCUUCGGUUAUGCAGCAAGAGAUUUCUACCAUGACCUGGAUCCCAAUGAAUCCAAGCACUGGUUAUAUUUUGAAAAGUUUAAGAUGAAGCUACACACCACUGGUAAUCUCACCAUGGAAACAGAUCUGACAGCUGCAAACGGGAAAAAAGUCAAAGCACUUGAAAUAUUUGCUUACGCCCUGCAGUUCUUUAAGGAACAGGCAUUAAAGGAGCUCAGUGAUCAAGCUGGCUCAGAGUUUGAAAACUCUGAGGUAAGAUGGGUCAUUACAGUGCCUGCUAUUUGGAAACAGCCCGCAAAGCAGUUUAUGAGACAAGCCGCAUACAAGGCAGGAAUGGCAACUUCUGAAAACCCCGAGCAGCUGAUAAUUGCCCUGGAACCUGAGGCUGCUUCCAUCUACUGCAGAAAGCUCCGCCUUCACCAGAUGAUAGACCUGAGCAGCAAAGCACCUGUCAAUGGUUAUAAUGCUAGUGACACCGUAGGAGCUGGAUUUACACAGGCUAAAGAACACAUCCGUCGUAAUCGGCAGAGCCGCACCUUUUUGGUGGAAAAUGUCAUAGGAGAGAUCUGGUCCGAGUUGGAAGAAGGUGACCGGUACAUAGUUGUUGACAGUGGAGGAGGCACAGUGGAUCUCACUGUCCAUCAGAUCAGGCUACCUGAAGGACACCUGAAGGAACUGUACAAGGCAACUGGUGGGCCAUAUGGUUCUGUAGGCGUGGACUACGAGUUUGAAAAACUCCUGUGUAAAAUAUUUGGAGAGGAUUUUAUUGAACAAUUUAAAAUCAAGCGUCCUGCUGCUUGGGUGGAUCUGAUGAUAGCGUUUGAGUCCCGUAAAAGGGCAGCAGCCCCAGACAGAACCAAUCCACUGAAUAUCACUCUGCCUUUCUCCUUCAUUGACUAUUAUAAGAAGUUUCGAGGUCACAGCGUGGAACAUGCUUUAAGGAAAAGCAACGUGGAUUUUGUCAAGUGGUCCUCCCAAGGAAUGCUAAGGAUGAGUCCAGAUGCAAUGAAUGCCCUUUUCAAACCUACAAUUGACCAGAUCAUUCAACAUCUUAGUGACUUGUUUGAAAAGCCAGAAGUAACCAAUGUCAAGUUUCUGUUCCUGGUGGGUGGAUUUGCCGAAGCCCCUUUACUCCAACAAGCUGUCCAGAAUGCUUUCGGUUCAAAAUGUCGAAUCAUCAUUCCUCAGGAUGUGGGCCUCACUAUCCUCAAAGGCGCUGUCCUUUUUGGCUUAGACCCCGCUGUCAUCAAAGUGCGACGUUCCCCUCUGACCUAUGGGGUGGGGGUCCUGAAUCGGUUCAUGGAAGGAAAGCACCCGCCGGAGAAGCUGCUGGUUAAAGAUGGCACACGCUGGUGCACUGACGUCUUCGACAAAUUUAUCUCAGCCGACCAAUCUGUAGCUCUUGGAGAAACAGUGUCACGCAGUUACACACCUGCCAAGCCUUCCCAGUUAGUAAUAGUGAUCAAUAUCUACAGCUCAGAGGAAGAUAAUGUCAGUUUCAUCACUGAGCCCGGAGUGAAAAAGUGUGGCACUCUUCGUCUGGAUCUCACAGGAACUGAUACUUUGGUGCCAACUCGAAGGGAGAUCAAAACGCUAAUGCAGUUUGGGGACACUGAGAUUAAAGCCAUGGCCAUUGAUGUUGCCACUUCUAAGAGUGUCAAAGCUGGUAUUGAUUUCUUAAAUUACUAAAAGUCCCCUCCUACCGUGGUCCAUCUGCGAGACUUAUUAUUUCAGUGUUCCAUUUUCUGACUUUCAUAUAUGACACAAUCCACUUGAAUUUCAGCAGGCUAGAUAAGAACAGCCAAUAGGUAGAGAUAUAUCAAGGUUUAUUUGCCUCUUAAAUGGUCUAGUGAGAUUUUCAAAAGUCCUAAGAGGUUUAGGAGCACAAGUCCCAUUGAAAGUCAAUGUUCCUAAAUCACUUAGAUGCAUUUGAAAAUCUCACCUCUAUUAAAUAGUAUAAACUUGUCAGGUGCUAAAGAUUAAGCUGAAGAUUCCAAAAUGGUUGCAAAAAUUUACCUGCAGGAUUGUUGUGGGGAUUGGUUAUUUGAUCAGCACUGUCUUCUGACUAUGAGAACACAUCACUUUUUGCAGUGUUCAUUUGUUUUAGGUAUUUUGGCCAAAUUUUUCCAAAUCUGGAUGCCUAAAGUUGGGCUCCUAAAUCUGUAUUUAGGCACAUAAGGAAUAGAGACCUGAUUUUCAAAGAUGCUGACACCCACAUCUCCCACUAACUUCACUAGGAAUGGACAAUACUCACCAAUUUGAAAUAAUCAGGACUCUUCUGUGUUAGGUGCCUGUGUAUGGAUUUAGGAGCCUAACAGUAAGUACUGAGGUUUGAAAAUGUCUGCCUUUAUUUCUAAAGCUCUUAUUUCUAUAAAACUGAACAGCUGUUACCCUGGUUUAGAUUUGCAAAUUCUCUGAUAACAAAGAAACUUUCCAUUUUAGGGUUUUUUUUAUCAGUAUUAAUCUGAAAUCUAUUAUUGCAUUCUUUGACAAGUUAAUCCCCUGGUUUAUCAUUUUGGAAGAGUGCUCAGUUGAGGACUUCCCCAGAAGCGUAUACAAGUGAAAAAUGGAAAGUUUUCUGGAUCAAUAAUGUUAUAAAUUUUAAAGUAAACAUUUUAGUUAAACAAAAUGUAUUUUGGAAGUGUGCUGCAGAGGCAGUAAGUAAUGUAGGAGACAGAGAACAAAAGCCCCAGGUCAUCAAUGAGCGCCCGCCAGACACCAGAGUUCACCGCAUGCUCAGGGGUCUGUCUGUAAUGCAGGCAGAAUACACUACCGCGUGUGGUGUCACCAUGCUUUCCAAAUGGUACCGCUUUACUAAGAUGUCUUCCAACACUCACACAACUGGAGCACCGCAGCUCCAGAUAGGGCAGUUUUCAUUUUAUAAAAAACUACGGACCAGCCAGUUCUGGAACCCUGCAUCCCCCAUGAACUGGGAAACUCAGAUUCAAAUCCAGACCCCCAUCUAAUCUUGAGGGCUUGGACAAACCUGUAGCAUCAGCUGAAAAACACUGAUAUUUUUAAUACUUUUAUCAUUUUUAUUUUAAACAAGGCUGCCCCUUCACCUGCUGCAAUGUAUUACACUUUCAAGACAUUGAAAGGUUAAUUAUUUACCGGAACCCUUUUCCUUUAGUUAAGCAUAGGUUAAAACCAUAGAAGCCAUUACUGACGGUUUUUGAAAAAGGAAGCUUUAUCAAUCACUUUAGUAAUUUAUGCCCCAAUUCUGCACUUCUUACUUGAGGAUACUGCUUAAUUGGGAUUUUGCCUAAGAAAAGAGUGCAGGAUUGGGCCCUUAUAUUCUGUCCUUGAAUUCUUUGUCUCUCUCUUGCAGAAUUCCCUAGUAGAAUGUGAAAAAAAUGUACUGAAUUAAAUAAAAAAGGGACUGGAAAAUGCUAGUAACAUUAUCUGGCUAGGUAUUUCUUAUAGAGUUACAAACUGCUUGCUAGCAUUGUUUCCUGCUACUUGCUCUGCUUAAAGUGUUAAAUAUAAGAUUUCUUUUGGUUGCCUUUCCUGGUUUACAAAUAAGAGAACCUUUAAGAUGAGUUAUGAACAAUAUAAUUUUAUGUAUAUACAAUAUUUAAAUACUGUACAGACUCUUUCUUUCUACAGUGCUAUUUUCUUGUAUAAAAAUGCUCUUCGCCUCUGUUGAUUGCAUUCCUCUGUUAAUUUUAAAUAACACAGAUUCUCACUCAGCUUUUGUAAUUAUAGGCUUUUAAAGAUGGUAAGAUAUGGAAUGUGGAAGGCUGAUCUUAUAAUAAUGGGAGAGCAGUGUUGGUGUGUCAGAGAACACAACCGUCUUCCUGCAAUGCAAGUCAGACCAGUUGAGCAUACUACACAGACAUGCUAGUCAGUUGCUGGGGUUUUUGUUUCUUGUUUCAAAUGGUCACCAUUUCAUUUUCAAGAAUGCAUCAUGAUAAUGAAUGACUUCUCCUGUAAAAUAUGUGAAAAUUUAGAACUUAUGCCUUGAGACUUCAGAUAUAUGACAUGUACUUACCCACCUACCUAGGGAAGGCUAUGUAUCAUGACAGAUCCAGGCUAUGCCAGCCUGCAUGAGUUGUGGAUCUGGCCAAAUACUUUGUCUAAUAGUGCCAAAAUAUGACUUGCAUAAAGAAAAGCAGGUUUAAGAUCCUUACAUCCAAUGUUAAAUUAUGUGGGUCCAAUUCUGCAUAGACUUGUAGCCUGCAGAACUCCAUUGAUAUUAAAAUAUUUACAUGGCCUUAAGUCAGUGCAGAAUUAAGGCUAAUAAUGCCUUGUUACAUGGAUGCAAUAUCCACUGAAUGGAGAUCCAGCUGGGAUUAAUUUGUCCCUUUAUUUGUGAGUGUUGCUUUCAGCAUGUCAGCAGUGAAUGAAGGGAGCUCUGCAGCCCCUCAGAAAUGUAGCUCCUGAACAACAGUGAUUCUCUGCACAUUUUAUAUUCACCUUUUAAAAGAUUCAAACUUGAUCCAAGCUUUUUGUUGUUUAAAAGAUUUUGUUGUUGUGAAAUGAGAAGAGUUUCCACACGUUUGCACCCCACCUUCCUCUGCAAUCUAAUAGGAGCACUGUAAAACUUAUUUUCCCAGAACUGAGGAUUGCUGAGCAAACGACCACUCAGUCCCCAAUUCAUUCCCUUGACCUGACCUCCCCAACACCCCCCCCCGCAAAAUAGAAAGUCUAGCCUUUUAGAAUUAGAACUAGAAUCUUACACUGCAACUAAUACUGUAGUUUGUAGCCCUUUUAAACAACUUCAAAAUAUAAGUGGCAUAUGGAAGCCCAUUUUAACAACAUAAAUUGAACCAUCUGUUAGGCUGGUAAAACUGGUAUGAACUUCAAUAAGACAAAAGUUUCUAAUUGAGUUGUUUAUGGAAUAGACAUUCAAGUGUAUUCUGUAGCAAAUUCCCCGCAGAACACUUAUCAAUAGGCAUUUCAGACUACAUUGUGCUAUUUUAAGCGAACAAACCCUCCAGUCCUUAAGCAAAACUCCCAGUGACUUCAAUGGAAGUUCUUCUUGGGUGACAACUUGAGAGUUUGACCUAAAGUUGCUUAGCUCUAGUUUGGAAAUUAGUAGCUUGCUGUGGUUGAGUCUGAUGAAUGUACAAUGAUGGUAAAGACAGCAUGUAUCAGUAUUCUUACACCGAUUUUUAUAUACAGGAGAUUGAAUGCGUUAUUAUGAGAAGGCCUAAUUACAUAUUGCAGAGAUUUAAUAGCUGAGAUAAGCUGCAUAUUUAUACUACAAAGUGGCUUAAAUGGAUGAAUGGCAUAAAAGUUGUUGGGCAUAACAUUACAGUACUCACCUGCUUGGAGUAUUCUUAAACUAUAUUAUAAAAUAUCAGUCAUCGUGGUCUUGUUCACCUCUCUGUGCAAGAUAAAUUCAAAUUUCACCGACCUUUGGAGAAGUUCACAACUUGUUAGGAUUGUACCUGAGUACUCUUGUGUCUUCAAAAGUGUCCAAUAAAAUACAAUAAAGCUCUG